GGGAAAUAAAAAUAUUUUCGUAAUAUAAAAGCAGAGAAAAGAAAAACCGCAAUGCUUCUCUCUCUCAUCUUUCGCAAUUCGUUUCGCCUUGAAUCUCUCGCCCCAAUAUCUCACUCGCCGUCGCAGGCUUCGCCGCCGGCAAGUUCUUACCCUUUUCUUCUUCCCUCUCCUCUGAUAUCCCCACAGAAAAAAAAAGUACAACGAAAAGAUAAAAAAAUUCGCUUAGCUUUGUUUGAUUUUGUCUUCCGCUUCAUUUUUCCUUUGUUAUCCAGUUAUUUCGAUUUGGUUUCAGUCUAAUAACGAGAGGGGAGGGAAGAACUAUUAAAACCCCAAAAAAAGUCAAAAAAGUUUUAAAAAUCCAAAAAGAGAAUGGCGCAGGUUCAACUUCAGGGUCAGACUGCGAAUGGCUCGAGCGUGGCUAUCACCUCUGCGGCGGCGCCGGCAGCGGGAGCACCGGCGGCCCAGUUCGGUACGACGUCGCUCUAUGUGGGGGAUCUGGAUUUCAAUGUGACCGAUUCGCAGCUUUUCGAUGCGUUUAGCCAAAUGGGUCAAGUGGUCUCUGUUCGAGUAUGUAGGGAUUUAGCUACUCGCAGAUCGCUCGGCUAUGGAUACGUCAACUUCACCAAUCCCCAAGAUGGGUAUGUUGGAAAUGUUGAAUCUUUCGGGUGUUUAUGCAUAUCCAAUGUGGUUGAUGCCUUUUGCAGUGACUUUUAUGCCCUGAUUAAUCUAAUGAUACUUUAUGUUGUGCUCUCUGUUGCAGCUGCAAGAGCGAUCCAGGAACUGAAUUACAUACCUCUUUAUGGAAAACCUAUAAGGGUUCUGUAUUCUCAUCGUGAUCCUAGUGUUCGCCGAAGUGGCGCUGGUAACAUAUUUAUCAAGAAUUUGGACCUGUCCAUCGACCACAAAGCGCUACACGAUACAUUUUCAACCUUUGGGAACAUUGUGUCGUGUAAGGUAGCUGUGGAUGCUUCAGGCCAGUCAAAGGGGUAUGGGUUUGUGCAAUAUGCCGAUGAGGAAUCUGCCCAGAAAGCUAUCGAGAAACUGAACGGCAUGUUGCUUAAUGACAAGCAAGUGUACGUGGGUCCUUUUCUGAGGAGACAGGAAAGAGACUCGACUGUUAACAACACGAAAUUCACCAAUGUGUACGUGAAGAAUCUGGGGGAAAGUACUGCCGAUGAUGACUUGAAGAACGCUUUUGGCGAGUAUGGAAAGAUAACAAGUGCUGUGGUGAUGAAAGAUGGAGAUGGGAAGUCGAAGGGCUUCGGUUUUGUGAACUUUGAGAAUGCUGAUGAUGCUGCGAGGGCUGUGGAGUCUCUCAAUGGGCACAAAUUUGAUGAUAAGGAGUGGUAUGUUGGUAGAGCCCAGAAGAAGUCGGAGAGGGAAACAGAACUAAGGGUCCGUUAUGAACAGAAUUUGAAGGAAGCUGCUGACAAGUUUCAAAGUUCAAACUUGUAUGUCAAGAAUUUGGAUCCAAGCAUUUCUGACGAGAAACUCAAAGAGAUAUUUUCUCCUUUUGGUACCGUUACAUCUUGCAAGGUGAUGCGGGAUCCUAAUGGGUUAAGCAAAGGCUCGGGUUUUGUUGCUUUCUCAACUCCUGAAGAAGCAACAGAAGCUAUGUCACAGCUGAGUGGUAAAAUGAUCGAAAGCAAGCCACUCUAUGUUGCCAUUGCACAGCGCAAGGAAGACAGGAGGGUCAGACUACAGGCUCAGUUUUCCCAAGUGAGGCCAGUUGCAAUGCCGCCAUCUGCUGGUCCUCGCAUGCCAAUGUAUCCCCCGGGUGGUCCUGGUAUUGGACAACAAAUGUUCUAUGGUCAGACCCCUCCUAACAUGAUCCCUCCUCAGCCCGGCUAUGGGUUCCAACAGCAGAUUGUUCCUGGAAUGAGACCUGGUGGGGGACAUGGACCCAAUUUCUUCAUGCCUAUGGUUCAGCAACAGCAGCAGCGUCCUGGAGGAGGAAGACGCUCUGGAGGGAUCCAACAGUCCCAGCAGCAACUUCCCAUGAUGCAGCACCAGAUGCAUCCAAGGGGUCGGAUGUUCCGGCAUCCUCAAGGGCGUGGUAAUGGUGGGGAUGUGCCUCCAUUUGACAUGCCAUUGCCUAUUGGAGCUUUGGCCUCAAAUCUGGCUAAUGCUUCUCCGGAGCAGCAGAGGACGAUGCUGGGUGAGAAUCUGUACCCGUUGGUGGAGCAGCUAGAGGCAGAGUCUGCAGCCAAAGUGACUGGGAUGCUUUUGGAGAUGGACCAGACCGAAGUUCUGCAUCUGUUGGAGUCACCAGACGCUCUCAAGGCCAAAGUUGCAGAGGCUAUGGAUGUUCUCAGGAGCGUUGCUGCUGGUGGUGCAGCCGAGCAGCUCGCUUCCUUGAACCUCUCUUAGCUUGUCUUUUCCCUUUGAAUCUUUGCCAUCUUCUGCCUCUCCCAUACAAUUACAAUUGGAGUCGUUUCUUUUCUUAUUCGUUUUUCUUCUCCCUGGGAAUUUGGAUUCCUCAUAACUGCUUUUUGUGUGGUUUUAACUUUCUUUGAGAUUCAAAAUUAAAAAAAAAAAAACGUAUGUGCUUUCUUUUGCUUAAGGAAUGAUUUGCAGUUACAGUAUUUGACCACUAUCUGUCUCUUUAUAUCGGUUUAAAAUCAAGAUGAUUGAAA